AAGACACUCUCCUUUAGUUUCUCUCCCUUCUCUCUUAUAGCUUCACUUGCAUUCCUUUGAUCCCCCAUGGCUACAGAACUCGAAAGCUCCCUGAUCUUUGCCCUUCUGUCCAAAUGCAGCGGUCUAAGCCAAACCAGUCUCGCUUUUUCUAUACUUGCCAUCGUAAUCGUCUGGCUCGCCUUUUCUCUCUUCUUCUGGACUUAUCCAGGUGGACCUGCAUGGGGCAAAUACCUCUCUCGCCGGUUAACUAACAAAACCGGAACGGUUAUUCCCGGUCCAAGAGGGUUCCCUUUCGUGGGAAGCAUGUCUCUCAUGUCCAGCGCUCUAGCACACCACCGAAUCGCAGAAGCAGCCGAGAGAUACGGAGCCAAACGGCUCAUGGCUUUCAGCUUAGGCGAGACACGCGUGAUCGUCACGUGCAACCCCGACGUGGCUAAAGAGAUUCUGAAUAGUCCAGUUUUUGCUGACCGUCCGGUUAAGGAAUCAGCUUACUCUCUGAUGUUUAACCGGGCAAUUGGUUUCGCGCCACACGGUGUUUACUGGCGAACGCUGCGAAGGAUCGCUUCGAACCAUCUCUUCAGUCCUAAACAAAUCAAACGCGCGGAAACGCAGAGGCGAGUGAUCGCUAGCCAGAUGGUGGGGUUGCUCGAGAAACAGAGCAGUACUAACGGGCUCUGUUUUGUCCGUGAGCUGCUCAAAGCGGCGUCGCUUAGCAACAUGAUGUGCUCUGUUUUCGGACAAGAGUACGAGCUUGAUCAAGACCAUGUUGAGUUACGUGAAUUGGUCGAAGAAGGUUAUGAUUUGCUCGGAGAAUUGAAUUGGACCGAUCACCUUCCUUGGUUAUCGGAAUUUGAUCCACAGAGAAUCCGGUCUAGAUGUUCCGCACUCGUACCGAAGGUAAACCGGUUUGUAUCCCGGAUUAUAUCACAGCAUCGUACUCAAACCGGUGAUUCCCCUCGUGAUUUCGUGGACGUCCUGCUCUCCCUUCAUGGUUCAGACCAAUUAUCCGACCCGGACAUGAUCGCCGUUCUUUGGGAAAUGAUAUUCAGAGGAACAGACACAGUUGCGGUUUUAGUCGAGUGGAUCCUUGCUAGGAUGGUGCGUCAUUCAGAUAUUCAAUCGACGGUACAAAAUGAGCUUGAUUCGGUAGUCGGAAAAUCAAGAGCCGUCGAUGAGUCUGACUUGGUUUCACUUCCGUAUCUGACGGCUAUGGUGAAAGAAGUUCUGAGGAUGCACCCUCCAGGCCCACUUCUGUCGUGGGCCCGUUUGGCCAUAACAGACACGAUCGUUGAUGGUUGUCUUGUUCCGGCGGGGACCACAGCAAUGGUGAACAUGUGGGCCAUAGCGCAUGAUCCACACGUGUGGGUUGAUCCUUUGGAGUUUAAACCCGAGAGGUUCGUAGCGAAAGAAGGUGAGGUGGAGUUCUCGGUUCUAGGGUCGGACUUGAGACUAGCGCCUUUUGGGUCGGGUCGUCGGAUCUGCCCUGGGAAGAAUCUUGGUUUGACUACCGUUACGUUCUGGACCGCGACGCUGUUACAUGAGUUUGAAUGGGGAUCGUCUGUUGGAAACGGUGUUGACUUAUCUGAGAAGCUGAGGCUUUCAUGUGAGAUGGCUAACCCUCUUGCUGCUCAAGUGCGUCGUAGGCGCAGUUAAAAAGCUUAUAAGAAAAUGGAAGGUUCUAAUUAAUGGAAACAAUGUAUUAACUAAGCAGCUUUUUAAUUAGAGCUAACAUUCUUAUAUAUACGUGUGGUGUUUGUGUUUGUGUGUGUGAUUUGUGAGUAUGAAAGGUGAGUGAUGUGUCUCUAUGUUGUAAAUACAAU